AUGAUUCAGAAUUAUAAAAGAAACUCUUCUUUUUUUGUUCUAUUACAGUCUCUUCUGCUGAUAAAACCAGAAGGUGAUGGCUUUUAUGCACUAUUUAAAUGCGUGUUUCCUAUUCUGAAGGCUGGGUUGGAAUCUUUAGUGAAUGGUGGUGAUGUUCUUUUGGAUGAGUUCAAUUCUGAAAUGCUGAGAUCAGCACUAAUGUCAGCAGAAUCUUCAGGCAAUCAGCUGGAUUAUAGCAAGAUAAAGGAUCUGUUUGUAUUUUUUGCUUCCUCAAAGUUCAAACAUGCAUUCCAUAAACACCUCCAUUUCUUAGCUGAACAGUGCAGUGUAUCACCUACCCGCAUAUUAUCUAAGUUUUUAACAGAUGAAGGUGUUCCUACUGCAGUUCAGGUUGAAAGUCUUCAGUGCUAUGCAUCUCUAUGUAGUUUGUCACAAGAUAAAUGGCAAGCUAAAAUUUUGGCCAAAUUUCCUUCUAUUCUUGUUCCAUUGGCUGGUGAUGAUCAGACUAUAAGGGUUGCUUCCAUGAAAUGUAUCGAUGAGUUGCGUGCCUUGUGGUGUCGCAUUGAACGUUCUGGCAAGAAUAACGGGAACAACACUACAUGGUUCCAUUUUCUGGGUGAGCUUAUAUUGUUGUUGGUUCAGCAAAAAAAACCUAUAUUGUCCGAUAAGAAGUUUCUUCCAUCAUUGUUCGCAUCCACACUGGGUUCAUCCUGUCAUAAUAUCUUAGUACCUCAAAACAUGGAAAACAGGUUUGACCAGCCCACAAAAGAAAGAAUACUCGAGUUCAUUUUGGGUUCUGCUCUGAAAUUCUCCAACUACGGGAAGCUAAUGAAUCUCUCCUUGCUCAAGGGAGUUGGGUAUGCUAUUAUACAUCAUAAUAUUGCACCAGUGUUGUCUCGUUCUAUGAAGCAAUACUAUGAUGACCGUAGCAAAUCUAGCCAGAAAUUUUCAAACACCAGAACUCAAAUAAUGUGCCUUUUGUUAGAGAGCUGUGUUAUGUCAUCUCCCUCCGGUGGAAUUGAUCUUUAA